AUGUCAAGUGAGGAAGAGAGUUUUCUUGUCUUAGUGCAUUGCUUUGGAAAAAUCAAAAGAAGCAAAAAAUAUGGUGUGAAGUUCACUGACAGAGAACCAUUGAGUGAAUUCAUUAGUUCAUCAAGCACUUUGUCAGAUGUCAAGAACAACAUCUUGAGUUUUCCGGAGGUCAGAAUACAUGAGUUGUUCGCGAAGUUGGAGGUUGGCGUCGAUAGUUCUGGGGCAUCAGCUCCAGUUCAUAGCUCGACUGCCGCGGGCGGUGUGUCUAGUUCAAUGCCUGCGACCCGGCCAUCUGUUCCGCAGGUCGCAUCCCCUUCCUUCGCGGCUGAUUUAGAACAAACGGAGGCAGUUGGUUCUGUACCAUUGGAGAAUCCUGGGGUCUGGCAGCAGGCAUUUGAGGGGGAUACAGGUGGUGUCAUAGUUCAUGAAGUUCAAGGCUUCGGGGAGCCUGAUCAAGUAGAGAAUGCAAUGCGGGACAAUGACUCUGACCAGGAGCCUAUAGAUAUCAUUGGGGACAGUGAUGAUGACACAGGUGCUAAUCCACAUGCACAACACGCGCCUUCAAGUUCUGGCACACAGCAGUACCCUCCACAAUUCUCCACUCUAAACUUGGAGGCUCUGGGUCAACAGGCGAACGGAGGUGCUACAAUUGGGGGUUCUUCUACAGAAUUUCAGAUUGGACAAUUGUUCCAGAAUAAAGAUGAAGAUGUUUUGAGUGUAAAGGACUAUAGCAUCCGUCGAGGUGUUGAGUACCAGGUGUUGGAAUCGGAUCAUCUGAGUAUCAUGGAAAAUGGCACUUGGGAGGUUAGGAGGUACAACGGUCCCUACACUUUCUUGGCCACCUCUAUUUCCAGUGAUCAUCGUCAGCUUGAUUACCACGUUAUCUGUGCAAGGAUUUUUCCAUUAGUUAGGGCGGAUGCUGCAGUUACGAUAAAGGUGUUGCAACAAGCAACAGAAGCUUAUUAUGGGUUCAAGCCUAGUUACCAGAAGGUUUGGAUGGCAAAACAGAAGGCAGUUGCACAAAUAUAUGGAGACUGGGGAGAGUCGUAUGCCGAGUUGCCACGUUGGAUGCUAGGGGUACAGUUGACCAUGGCCAGGAUAGUUACUGUGUUGAAGACCUCUCCUGUUCGAGUUGGGGAUCAGCUUGAUGAAUCUACAGUGUACUUUCAUCGUCUUUUCUGGACAUUUCCACCCUGCGUCGAGGCCUUCCGGCAUUGCAAGCUGCUUGUGAGUAUUGAUGAUACCCACUUGUAUGGCAAGUAUGGAGGCACCUUACUGUUGGCGAUUGCGCAGGAUGGGAACUCGAACAUCCUCCCGAUAGCAUUCGCGCUUGUGGAGGGAGAAAAUGCGAAGUCAUGGUCAUUCUUCUUGUCCAACCUACGAACGCAUGUGACGCCACAGGAGGGCAUCCUUGUUAUCUCUUACAGACAUAAUGGCAUACAGGCUGCACUUGAGAAUCCCGAGAAUGGUUGGCUGCUUCCACGUGCUUAUCGAGCAUACUGUAUCCCUCAUGUGGCAGCAAUUUUUAGCCUUAGCUUCAAAGGUAAAGAUGCAAGGAGGAUGCUGGUGAAUGCGGCCUAUGCAAAAACUGAAGCAGAGUUCUAUUAUUGA